AUGUCCUUCUCCAGCCUACCUACCAAAGAACUCCGCAACACCGCACUAUUCAAGCCACUAAAGGUGGGCAACACAACGAUCCAGCACCGGAUCGCUCUAGCUCCACUAACCCGUCUACGUACCACUAACCCCGAGCACAUCCCAACGGAUAUUGUGCGUGAAUACUACGACCAGCGUUCGAAGAGACCAGGUACCCUGGUCAUCACAGAGGGUACGUUCCCAUCCGCUUCCACCGCGGGGAUGAAUGACGUUCCUGGUAUUUGGAGCGCCGAACAGGCUAGCGAGUGGGCUAAGAUCUUCAAGGUGAUCCACGACAACAAAUCGUUCGCUUGGGUUCAGCUGUGGGUGUUGGGCUCUCAAAACGACCCUUCGGUCAUCGCCAAGAACGGCUUGAGAAACGACUCGGCAAGCGACGACUGGUACCCAUCUGACGGGGUGCGCGACCUGGCCAAGCAGCUCAAUGUUCCAUCCCGUGCCAUUACCAAGGAUCAGAUCAAGGAGUACAUCCAGAUCUACGUGUCUGCUGCCAAGCGUGCUAUUGAAGCGGGCGCCGACGGUGUCGAGGUGCACUCUGCCAACGGUUACUUGUUGAACCAGUUCUUGGACUCUGUCUCUAACAAGCGUACCGACGAGUACGGCGGAUCCAUCGAGAACCGCGCCAGGUUUACCUUGGAGGUUUUGGACGCUCUUGCCGAGGCAGUCGGCCCUGAGAAGGUCGGUGUCAGAUUUUCUCCAUACGGUACCUUUGGUAACAUGGCCGGUACUGUGGACCCAAACACCGUUGCGCAGUAUGCUUAUAUCGCUGGCCAACUAGAAAAACGUGCUGCUGAGGGUAAGAGAUUGGCUUACAUCCACGUUGUUGAGCCACGUGUGACUGACCCAAGUGUCGAGGAGGGCCAGUCCGUAUACAACGGUGGUACCAACGACUUCUUCUACAGCGUCUGGAAGGGUAUCAUCCUAAGAGCUGGUAGUUAUGCUCACCACCUUGACGCUGCCGUUCGUGAUGCCGAGUUGGGCAGAACUGUCAUCGUGUAUGGUAGGUACUUUAUCUCCAACCCAGAUCUUCCAGACCGUUUGGAGAAGGGCCUGCCUUUGAACAAUUACCGUAGAGAGUUGUUCUACACCAAUGAGGCAGAAGGCUACAUUGACUACCCUGUAUAUGAGGAGGCUGUUGCCAAAGGAUACAAGCAACAGUCCUAA